UUGUUUCACAUCCUUCUUUUCGAUACGUUUCGUUUAGGUCUUAGAAAAAUGUGCUAAAGUAAUUUUGGUUAUUAGUAAGCAAUCCCCACUCGAAUCCCAACUAAAUUCGUUGAGACCACAACCGUUGCGGAGGUCACCAUAUAAAUUAAAGUAAUCUGUUCGCAGCAAAACAAUAAAAAACCAUCAUCACAACAACAUGGCCAGUGCACAAGUGCAAAGUUUUGAUUUCAAGAAGCAGCAGGAUCAGCACCAUCAACUGGACAACAUCCAAAAGCAUCAGCACCACGAAGGUGUGCCACUGGAGAGCAAAGCGCAAGAGCCCAUUGAUGAAGAGCUAUGCCAGGUGGAGUACAAGCAUCCGUUGGAGCAUGUGUGGACGCUGUGGUAUUUGGAAAACGAUCGCACCAAGCACUGGAAGGACAUGCUGAACGAGAUUACCGAGAUCGACAGUGUGGAGACCUUCUGGAGCUUGUACUAUACCAUCAAGACCCCAUCCGAGCUGAAGAUUGGAUGCGACUACUCCAUGUUCAAGAAGGGCAUAAAACCAAUGUGGGAGGAUGAGGCCAACAUCAAGGGUGGUCGCUGGCUGGUCACCGCGGGCAAAAGUGCCAAGGUGGAACUGGAUCGCAUUUGGCUGGACAUACUCCUGAUGAUGGUGGGCCAGACCUUUGAAUACUCCGACGAGAUCUGCGGCGCUGUGAUCAACAUACGCGCCAAGAGCAACAAGAUCUCGGUUUGGACGGCCAACGGGAGUAACGAAAUGGCCAUUCUGGAGAUCGGCCAGAAGCUGAAGAUACUCUUGCAUGUGCCAUCGCAUAAUUUGCAGUAUCAACUUCAUUCCGAUGCAAUGUGCAAAAUCAAUUCGGGCGUCAAAUCGGUUUAUACACUCUGAAAGCGAGCGUUUGGGUCCUCUACGUUACUAUAUAUUUUUAUUUUUGUACACCAGAUUCGUAUGUGUGGAAGAUUAGAUUGGCUUAGUGUAUAUGAAUAUUUACUUGGAAUUGCCCUUAAACGAAAUUGUCUGAGAUACUAAAUUAAAAAACCAAAUUUCCAA